GAAGCCCCAAUCAGAAUCGUGUUGCCCUUCAAAGACCAGAAAUCAGCAAACGUAGUACGUAAACAGCUGGCUGACCUGAGUAGGAAGAUCAACGCAGACAUCAGCCCAGUUUACACAAGUAGGAAGAUCAAAGAUGAAAUUAAGGUCAAGGAAGACAAGCCGCCUCUUGUGAGUCAACAAUGCGUGGUGUAUUCUUUCCAGUGUAGCCUGUGUGAUGCAGGCUAUGUCGGCUACACGUGCCGACACCUACACCAACGAAUUGAAGAACACAAAGGAUCGGCAAUCGGAAACUACCAGCAGCAUGAUAUGGAGCCUGAAGACAUCGCACAAAGUUUUAGAAUAUACCUCAAUGUGUGA